GGUGUGCAAAACAUUGCAAAUCUUUUCAGGAUAAUCCCUCUCCCACAAUUGAGCUUUAUUAUUGGUUACAGACUGGUGUAUUCCUGGGAAUAUUCUACUGAUCUGAUUGGCUGCAGAUGGGUCUAGACUUGAGACCUGUGUUGGUACCAGUAAUCUGAUUGGCUGCAAGUGGGUCUAGAUGUGAGACCUGUGAUGGUACCAGUCAUCUCAUUGGCUGCAAGUGGGUCUAGAUGUGAGACCUGUGAUGGUACCAGUAAUCUCAUUGGCUGCAAGUGGGUCUAGAUGUGAGACCUGUGAUGGUACCAGUGAUCUAAUUGGCUGCAAGUGGGUCUAGACUUGAGACCUGUGAUGGUACCAGUGAUCUCAUUGGCUGCAGGUGGGUCUAGACUUGAUACCUGUGAUGGUACCAGUGAUCUCAUUGGCUGCAGGUGGGUCUAGACAUUUCCACUGUGAAUAUUUCAGUGCUCUGAUUGGCUACAGGUUAAUUCAAAGCUGACUACAAAGCAACAGAAGUGCCCUAAUGUGGGGCAAUAACAUGUUGGCUGAGCUACUGGCUAAUCUAUAAAGUUGGGUCAUUAUGGUUCUUGUUGAGUAGUGGCUGUGGCUCAAUAUUCGGAAUAUCCUCCCAGGAAAUCCUUAGAAUAGAGAGCUGGGGCUGAAGGUUAUAGGGGUUAUAAUUAGAGUGCAUUUCUUUUGUACAAGAGGUUAAACACAUCACCUAUUGGCUGGAGGAACCGAAGCUCUCAUAUUGGGUCAGACUUCCCUUCAUUGCGAGACAAUAAUAACAUCUCCUGUGUGGUUGGGGUGUAAAGACAAGUGGAACACAGAGUUGUUCUUCCUCUUUAGUUACUGACAGAGACACCAUAUUACCUGUCCCUUUCAUCUGAGCCUCAGCCAAAAUCUACUCUCUGAGGGUCUUCAUCUUCUCCUCCUGGUGGGAUCUUCCUGGGCCCAACAACAUGACUGUUCUGCUCUUCCUAAUUGUCCCCCUCAUUCCAAAUAUGGUAACAGGGUCACUAGUACUGGACGUGUGGCAGGCCUGUGAGGUGUCGGUGUUACGUGGGAGUAAUGUCAGACUGAACUGCACCUUCUCAGAGGACCUGCUCCAGCAGAAACCCACCCUGUCCUGGGUGAAAGUAAAGCAGGAGGGUGGGGAGCUCAGGAUUUAUCCCCCAGUUAAUCACAGGCAUCAGGUGAAGGUGACGGUGGACACCAGUGGGUUCCAGAGCAAGUUGGAUGCAGGGAUUCUGCUGGAGGACCUCAGGGUGCGGGACUCAGGGGUCUAUUUCUGUUGUGUCAAAGUCCAACUGGGAGGAUUGGAAAAAGAGUACAGAGGGACAGGAACACGUCUGACUGUCACAGUGACUCUGUACGACCAGCUCGUGGCUUGUUGCCCAAUGGGAGUGUUAGUGGUCACCCUGGUGGUUCUGCAUGUUCUGGUGCAUCACCAGUGGACUCUGUACAAGGGAACGAGGAGGGGGGCAGCCAAGGAGAAGAUGUGGAACGUCAGACUGAGACUCCCCAAAAUGACUUUGGAUUUCAUGCAGUUGUGAGCUCUUGGGACAAACUGUGAGACACUCAAGUGGUUUCCCAGCAGUGGAUACGGGGCCAAUGGCCUGUGCACCCCAACAUACAAGGAGUGAAUAUGAAAGUGAGGUCUCUUGCUCUUAAGGUUCCUCUGAACUGAUGUGAAACACCCUCACUGAGACCCUCCCCAAGUGGAGCGUUUCCCCUUUAAAUGUUAGUGUUUAUAAAUCCAGGUUACAGGGGAGGUUUAUCUUUCAGUUCAUUUUCAGUAGGUUAUACAAUGGCCAGUUAUAAGCAACUUUUCAAUUGGUCUUUAUUAGUCAUUUAGUUAUACACCUUCUCCUCUGCCUUCACUCAGCUGCUCUAUCCUCUGUUCUACAUAUAUAACAGCUGUGUGGGAAUGACUAAUUCUAAGCAACUUUUCAAUUGGUCUUAAAAUAUAUUUUAUAGUUUUUGAAUGGCCUUCUUCUUCUGACUCUUUCCAGC